GCUCGUCACCAGGACACUGUCGGGCGUUUACCGCUACUGCAGUGGAACAAUUAUCACCCGGAGGCACGUCUUGACGGCAGGCCACUGCACCUUUUACACAAAGCAAGAUCCAAUUGCCAACGUGAAAGUCUACUACGGACAUAAAGGCUUGCAAGGGCCCUAUAGGCGAGUGGCCCGUUUCUUGAGACAUCCCAAGUUCGACAUGUCCACCCUCCACCACGACAUUGCUAUCCUAAUGAUGGACAAAUGCUUUGAAUUUGACCAGAAUACGGGGAGCGUUUGCCUUCCUGUCGCUCCAGCGGAUCCUGUGCGGAACCCGUCCUUAGAAGCCUACUGGAAAGUUCAAGAAAAUGGUGCGGCCACCAUGUUUGCCGACAUCUUGAGCGUGCAGCGAGCAUCAUCUUGCCGACUCCGACUUGGUGACGCCAGUUUUGAUAGCAGAGCUUCUUUCUGCGGUAUGGGAGCAGCCACUUGCAAGGACGACUCCGCCACUCCCGUCUUCAGUCGAGGCACGGAUGGUCGAGGUUUGCUCGCGGGCAUUCUGUCUUACUCGGCGGACUGCGCCUCCAGCUCAGCAGCAAAAGUGUUUACACGUGUGGACAUCUACGUGCCGUGGAUAAAGGAGAACUUAAGAAGAUACGAGAUAUACGAGCCUCUUCUUUUGGCCGUCCUGUAAAAGUGGUUUCUAAA